UUUAUCGACCUAUCGCUUUUUGACAAUUUUCCGCUUUAACUAUUUCAGGUGUACAAUUUUAAUUAAUCAUGACCACCACCGAAACUCAGACGGAGCGCCAGCGUAGGGUUACGUUACCACCGAAAAAUGAAGACACCAACAAAGUUAAUCAAAGUGACAAAAAUGACGACCCCAAAAGAAUUUCCCAAAGCGAGUUCUUCAGAAGGGAAACCACGGAUAGAUCGGAUGAACCGAUCCUCUCUUGCAACUUCGAAGUGUUUGGGAUAGUGCAAGGCGUGUCCUUUCGAAUGUACACCUUACGAAGAGCCCAGAAGCUGGGAGUUAGAGGCUGGUGCAAAAACACCACUGAAAACACGGUUAAGGGAGAAAUUCAAGCACAUCGACACUCUUUUGAGUCCAUGCGUCUGUGGCUAAAGCACACCGGGAGUCCUACUAGCCGAAUCGACAAGUGCAACUUUAGUGACACUGUGGAAAUUCCUGCGUUCACUUACCCAAACUUCUCGAUUGUGGUAGAAUAGUUUUGUUAUUCCAUUUGGAAAAUAAUGUUAUGUUUCUUUGAUUCUAUCUAUUUCAAAAAUUAAGAUUUAUUUAAUUUCUUAAUUCGCAGAUCGUAUGCUCAUUUUUUGAUGAUACUUAAAAAUUCUUAACGUUUUGAAAAAGCUUUUUAAAAAUAUAUCGAAUAUUGUUAAAAAUAAAUCGAUUAGUAAG